AUGGGAAAGCCGACGGCGAAGAAGAAAAAUCCGGAGACGCCUUCCGCCGGCGGCGGCGGCGGCGGAAGUAAGUCUGGGAAAACAAACCACCGCUCUGCUUCGAGAGCAUUCGACGAGGAUAUGGAGAUUUUCAUCAGCAGAGCGAUUGAGCUCAAAGAAGAAGGAAACAAGCUUCUCCAGAAACGCGACAACGAAGGAGCGAUGCUGAGGUACGAUAAAGCCGUGAAGCUCUUGCCUAAGGAUCACAUCGAUGUAGCUUACCUGAGAACGAGCAUGGCUUCCUGCUAUAUGCAAAUGGGAUUAGGCGAGUACCCGAACGCGAUUAGCGAAUGUAAUCUAGCUCUCGAGGCUUCUCCUAGGUACAGUAAGGCUCUGCUGAGACGUUCUCGGUGCUACGAGGCUCUGAACAAGCUUGAUUACGCGUUUAGGGAUGCUCGUAUUGUGUUGAACAUGGAGCCCGAGAAUGUUUCUGCGAACGAGAUCUUUGAGAGGGUGAAGAAGACGCUGGUGGAGAAAGGUGUCGAUGUGGAUGAAAUGGAGAAGAAUUUUGUUGAUGUGAUGCCUGUUGGCUCAGCUCGUUUGAAGAAGAUUGUUAAGGAGAGGUUGAAGAAGAAGAAGAAGAGUAAGAGUGGUGGAAAGGAUGAGGAAGUGAAGAGUCCAAAGGUUGAAGCAGAGAGCAGAGAUAAGCCAAAGGAGGAAAAGAGCGAUAAGUCUGAGAUUGAAAAGAAAACGAGUUUCAAGAAUGAUAAAGGACAGAAAAAGAAAAGUGGUAACAAGGGAAGAAAAGAGAUGAAGGUAGAGGAGAAAGUUGUUGUGAUGGACAAAGAGGUGAUUGCCUCUGAGGCUGUUGAAGGAGGAGGAAGCACAACAGUUGCUAAGACGGUUAAACUGGUACAUGGAGAUGAUAUAAGGUGGGCACAAUUGCCGGUUGAUUCUAGUGUUAGACUGUUAAGAGACGUGAUCAGGGAUCGGUUUCCGGCUCUAAGGGGUUUCCUCAUUAAGUAUAAGGAUCCAGAGGGUGAUUUGGUCACCAUUACCACGACGGAUGAGCUGAGGCUGGCUGCUUCUAAUCAUGAUAAACUUGGCUCCCUGAGAUUGUAUAUAGCAGAAGUUAAUCCAGACCAAGAACCCACGUAUGAUGGCGUGAACAAUGGUGAAGCAAUUGUCAAGAUAGUGAGCAGUGUUGCGGAUAAUGGAAGUGUUGGAGAGUAUGUGGAAUCUGAGAAAGCAUCUACUUGCUAUGAGAGCUGGAUUUUCCAGUUUGCGCAGCUGUUCAAGAACCAUGUAGGGUUUGACUCUGAUUCGUACUUGGACCUUCAUGACCUUGGGAUGAAGCUGUAUUCAGAAGCGAUGGAGGAUGCUGUGACUGGUGAAGAUGCGCAAGAACUCUUUGAGAUCGCAGCUGAUAAGUUCCAAGAAAUGGCUGCACUGGCUAUGUUUAACUGGGGUAACGUUCACAUGUCCAAGGCAAGGAAGCAAGUCUUUUUCCCUGAAGAUGCUUCGAGAGAAACUAUAAUAGAAGCUGUGGAGGCUGCGUUCGUGUGGACACAGAAUGAGUACAACAAAGCUGCAGAGAAGUAUGAAGAAGCGAUCAAGGUGAAACCUGAUUUCUACGAAGCUCUUCUUGCACUUGGGCAAGAGCAGUUUGAACAGGCAAAGCUUUGCUGGUAUCAUGCACUGAAAAGCAAGGUGGACGUGGAAAGCGAGGUUUCCCAGAAGGUUCUUAAGCUGUAUAACAAAGCCGAGGAGAGCAUGGAGAGGGGUAUGCAGAUUUGGGAAGAGAUGGAAGAGCGUCGUCUAAACGGGAUCUCCAAGUUCGAUAAACAGAAAACAGUGCUGCGGAAGAUGGAGAUGGAUGGAUUGUUGAGCGAAGCUUCAGAUGAAGAAACUGUGGAGCAGGCAGCUAAUAUGAGUUCCCAGAUUAAUCUCUUGUGGGGUUCCUUGCUAUAUGAACGGUCUAUUGUGGAGUAUAAGCUCGGGCUACCAACUUGGGAUGAAUGUUUGGAGGUUGCAGUUGAGAAAUUUGAACUAGCUGGAGCUUCUGCAACUGAUGUAGCUGUCAUGGUAAAGAAUCAUUGUUCAAGCCAGAGUGCACUUGAAGGUAUGGGGUUCAAGAUUGAUGAGAUAGUAAGGGCAUGGAAUGAGAUGUACGAUGCCAAGAGAUGGCAGAUCGGUGUCCCAUCCUUCAGGCUAGAACCAAUGUUCCGGAGACGAGCCCCAAAACUGCAUGAUAUCUUAGAGAAUGUAUUUUCAGGGCCUGCAUGA